UAUUACUAUUGUAUUAUGGUAAAUAAAUGUGUUAAAUCUAUCGACAUGAUAUAAAAACAAUGUGAAAAAUAUUGAUAUUAUUUAAUUAAAACUGUGUAUUUAAAAUGUCAGACGAAUCAGAAUAUGAUGUAGAACCAGAAGAGUUUGAUAUUUAUAAACGAAAGUAUCAAUUACUACUAGAUAGAUGUGAAGUUUUACAACAGGAAAAUGAAAGAUUGGUUUAUCGUAUCCAACGAGUUAGAAAAUUACUCAAACGUACAAGAAAGGAAAAAAAAUUUUUAAUUGAUCGUUUGGAUCAACAUGGUGAUCGUUGGAGAGAAGCACCUAUGGGAGUUCUUGAAGAAAAUAAUGUAUUUCAAGUAACACCUAAACCAGAAAAAGGUCCAAAAACUACUACAUAUAAUUCUAAAGAAGAAAAAACUAAAAAAGGAACAAAACGAAAAGGCACUAAGACAGAUCCUAAUGCUCCAAAAAGACCGGCAAAUCCAUUCUUUCAAUUCUGUCAAGAACAAAGACCUCGAGUUAUGGAAAGAUUAGCUGGAGAACCAGAACCAAGCAAACAAGAACUUACUAGACAACUUGCAACUACUUGGAAAUCUCUCAGUUCAGAAGAUAAAAAGGUGUAUUAUGACAUGUACGAACGAUCCAAAGAAAAAUAUGUUGCUGAAAUGCAAAUUUAUAAUAAAAAAUCGGAAGAUACGCCAAACCAUAUGUCUUUAAAUAUAACAUAGUAUUUGUAUUUAAAAUAAAUAUUAUUUGUAAAUACGUAAUUUAUAAUCAUAUAUUUGCACAUAUGUCAAUAUUUAUAUAUAGAAAAUUGAAAUAAAAUUUUAUAAAUAAAACAAAUAGAAAAUUUAAAUGUAGGAAGAAUAUUAGGAAGAAUUUAUAUCGAUUAAAAAAGUUAUGUAACCACCA